CAUUGUCUGACUACAAACGUGAAAUGUACACGUACUACAAUACUUGAAUAACUUCACCUCAUCGUUGAAAACAAAACAAAAAUAAUAAUUCAAAUAUCUUUGUUUGCUUACUCGUAAAGUCCAUUCCCCAGUGAUUCUUAGCUAUCACUGAUAGCUGGCUAGCGUGUGCUACCUCGGUAUUGUUGACGUUUAGCUAGCUAAGUAGCUAGCUGUAGCUACAUGCAAAACUAUUACUAGGAACCUGAUGUAACAUUACCUAAUUCAUUGCUUGUUUUUCAUAGCGCUUAAAGGUUGUCUAAAAUAAGUUUUACAAGUUCGUUUGACAAGGUAAGAAGAGGGCACGAAGUUGGGGGUCAGUGGAGGGACCGGACUGCUACGGAGAGGAAGUGGAGACCUUGGGACAGGAAGUAGAGACCCUGGAGUGUGCCGUGGGGUCGGCGCUCAAACGCUCGCCAACAUGUCAGACGCCAUCCUCACUUUCCAAGUCCAGCUCUCUGCUGUCAUGGAAACGGUGCUCAAGUCGGCCAUGUAUGAGAUCACCCGGCUGGUGGAGGACAGCUUCCUGGAGGAAGUGGCUCGGAGCAAACAGGAAGUGGAGGCCCUGAGGCAGCGGCUGCAGUGGUCGGAGAGCCGGCGCAGAGAGCGAGAGAGCGGUGGGCGAGCGAGGUGCCUGGACUGCGGCAGAGUCGGAGUUUCCAGCGAGGAGUCAGAGGACCCACCCUCAGGAACACUGUCCGGAGCUGAAGCAGACCCUCCUCCUCCUCUCAGUAAGGGCUGUGCUGAGCCGGAGUGGAGCCCCGCUGUGGGACAGGACACAGCGCCCUCUUCAGGCAGCCUCCUGCCAGAGCGGCAGAGCAGCAGGCCGCGCGGCGGGGAGGCCUGCGGGGCGUACGAGUCGGAGGCGGGACAGGAAGCCGCCGCCCGCAGACUCGGUCUGGCUGGGCCUCAGCGCUGCGGGCCACGCCGCAGUGACCCCGACUCGCAGCGCGUCACCUGGACCACCUUUAAAUUAGGGGACAGCCACGCUGAGGCGGAGGGGCUGGACCCCCCGUACGCUGCAGCGGCAGAGCCAGCCAGUCCGCAGGCUCACAGGGACCCGCAGCCCCGCCCCGCUGAGGAGGGGGCGGGGAACAGCGCCUCCCCUCUGCAGUACCUUAAUGUGAAAUCGGAGGCGCUGCUCAUUAAAGAGGAGGCGGAGGUGCAGCCCGUGUGCAGUGAGGAGCUCAGAUGGGACGUAGCUCACAGGGAGUCCUGGGACAGAGGAGACCUGCAGGUAGAGCACACGGCCCACUCGCCCCCCCCACAGGGCGCAGUGACAUCACUGCAGUGCUUUCCAGAGAAGCUGGAGAGCCUGGCUCUGCGCUUCCCUCCCCAGCAGCAGGGGCUGGUCCUCCCUCAGUCUCUCAGAGCCGCCCCGAGCAGCACGGGGGUGCGGGCGGACCCCCCCGACACGGCUGGCUGCACCGUACACCUCAGGGGUUUCACUCAGUCAAAAACCACCCAGCUGCACCACAGAGAUCCCGCGGUAGAGAGACCGUUCUGUUGCACGCGUUGUGGGAAGAGCUUUUCCCGCUUGCCGUACCUUAAAGAGCACCUGAAAACACACACGGGGGAAAAACCGUUCAGCUGCAUUCAGUGUGGGAGGGGUUUCACCAAGCUGAGCAACCUGAAAGCUCACCGCAGGGUUCACACAGGAGAGAGACCCUACAUUUGUACCAACUGUGGGAAGAGGUUUACUCUGAAAAGCAACUUGAAACGGCACCAGAGAAUUCACACGGGGGACAGAUUGUUCAGCUGUAAAUAGCAGCUUCCCAUUGCUAAGUUCAGUGUAGGGAACAGUUUUCUGCUUUUUGAAAAAUUCUUUGAACCUUUGAUAAUCUAAUUAAGAUAUUGUUCUUCUUAACCCUUAAUGUAUUUCUUCAUUGCCUUAUGUGCUCGGUAUUUAUUUAUUUAAAAACCCUUUUGGUCUGCUACAAAUAGGAAAAACAUGCCCUUGUGUAACAGGGGAAGUGAUAUUUUUUUACAUAAGUUUUACACCUUUUAAUGAAGUUACCAGACCCCUCUGUAUUAGAACACCUGAUUCUCUUUGUACCUGCGCCCCAGUCCUUGAUCUAACCACAGUUGGUUUUAUCCUUUUGAAUUAGUAACACGUUUUAUUAAUAUUACUUUUCAAGUGGCCAGUGAUAUCAGUGAAAAUGAUUACAUGUGAGAAAUGAAAAGGUUAAAAAAAUCUUAUUUCAGGUGCAUUGCAGUUAUGGUUGAAUCUGCGCCUGAGUGUGUGAAUAUUAAGUUGUCUCUUGAAGACAGAAUACUUUGCAGAGGACUCCUCACUCUGCACAAGUAAGCUAAAUUGGUCAGGAGAGAGAAACCUGGCAGUUGGUUUAACAGAAGUUAUUUGGUUAAAGAGGAAUUCCACCACAAAACAACAUUUAGCUCAUUUAACUGAUCAAGACGUAAUUAAUUAACUCUGUGUGGCUGGCCAAAGCAGUCUCUGUGCAGAGAUGUCUUGGUGGAGUUAUACGUCACAGUGACUGUACUGCAGCACAUUAGCAGGGCAGGCCAGAGACUGCGGUCAAAAAAAGGCAGCCAAACCCAGCCCUAGACACAUCAACACUACAAAAUAAAAAUACAUUUCUCCCUGCCUGGCUUAACUCCUCCAUCUCCUCUCCCCCAUUCUCUCCCACCACCGGUAUUUUAUAAUAAAAUAUGCCGGAUACGUUAUAACAACCAAAUAUUGCACAAGUCGUGACUGUGUCUGAAAUAGCUUGUUAUGAGUCAGCUGCAUAAAUAAUUUAUUCAUAUUGUAGUAACGUUAAAUCCAUGCAGUUUGGCCGACUGAAUUGCCAUUUUCUUUUUAAUACAACUUAACCCUAAUGCUAACUUAAGCAGUAAAGUGAACUGAAGACAUUUUCUUUCCAGAUUUUGUUUCUGCGGUGGCUAGCCUGCUAGCGUGUAGCGCUACCCUCUCUCCAGCCCAGUCGUAAUGCCCAGCCCCUGCGUUUGUGCUCAUUUGGAGUGGCAACCUGUGACUGGCAUUGCCUGAUGCCCGCCCAUGGCCUGUGAGUGCCCGCUCUGUGGCCUGUGAGUGCCCGCUCCAUGGCCUGUGAGUGCCCGCUCCGUGGCCUGUGAGUGCCCGCUCCGUGGCCUGUGAGUGCCCGCUCCAUGGCCUGUGAGUGCCCGCUCCAUGGCCUGUGAGUGCCCGCCCAUGGCCUGUGAGUGCUCGCUCUGUGGUGGUCCACAGUAAAGCAGGUACCUGGAGCAUGCGCUGUAGUUUGGGGCUGUGUCUGCACUCACUCCUGUUCUGCUUGAGAGCGCAGUUUAAUCAGGACAGCUGCUCUUCUACAGGGAAGCGUUCAUUUUGUGGUGGAAUUCCCCUUCGAGAGAGAAACCAGGCAGUUGGGUGUAAACAGACGCUGGUUGCUUGGCAGCUGAGCAGCGUUUGGGGUCUGCUGGAGGUUCGUUUCAGGGGUUGGCCAUGACCCUGUCUGUCAGGCAGUGUGCACAGCUGGUCUGGGGGUCAGCUCCAGUCCUCCUUACAUGCUCUUGUCUACAUGGUCAUACUCACACUAAUGGGGUGUUUGCCCAGUACCAGCGUAUAUACGUAUAUAAAACACAGAAAAAUGUUCAAAACCUGUAUUUUAAGUUGAAAUGAAAAUAAAAAAAAUUGAGUCAAAAAUA